AUGGAUAUUAAUCUGAGGAGCCCCGGUAUUGUGACCUCUCUAAUCAUUCUGUCGAUUGAGGUAUUUGCUGCCAUAUUCACCUAUGCCUUUAUUACAUAUGGCAUUUUAUGUGACUUCCAUAAAAAGAAACAUUUGCCUCCCGCUAAAAAAAUCCAGUGUGCUGUUCAUUUGUCCAGCAUCUGUUUCACCAUUGUGUCGUAUGCCAAUUUACUCUGUGAAGUAUUGUGGCCGGAUCUCUGUAAAACACUGUAUUCAGAAGGCGUAUUUAUCUCUCUUACCGUAUACAGCGUGAGCUCUUGCGCCUGGUUCACUGCCCUGGUCAGCUUCUUCUACUUCACAAAGAUUGCAGAUGUCAGAUCUGGCUUUCUUGGUUGGACCAAGAAGAUGAUAAACUAUUUUGCUCACUAUCUGAUAGUGGUGAUACACGUGUUGUGUCUGGUCAUCAGCUUCCUAAAUAUGUUACUUUUAAGAUUUCUUCAAGACCCUUCCACAAACAGCUCAGUCAUCCCACCAGCCAGCUCUACAUUUGGAACAAAAGCAGCAAACUUAAGAGUGGCAAAGUUUACUCUCGCUAUGAUCAGCGUGCCGUUUCUGACUAUGAUAAUAAAUGUCCUCUUAACUGGUCAGUUUCUGAAGCUUCAUGAACAUACGAUGGGGAAGAACAUGGCAAAAUCUGGUGAUGACACUCUGAAAAUCUACCAGAACAUUGUUUCUCAAAUGAUACAUUUCUUAUUUCUUUAUGCUGCAUUUUAUUUAGUUUUCUUUCUUUUCUAUUUUUCGUCCUUCUCUCAGCAAAGUCCGGGGUAUUGGGUGACUAUGAUACUGAUGCUCUCCUUUACUCCAAUACAAUUUGUUAUGAUUAUUAUUCAUUAUCCAAAUGUAAACAAAAACUGGAAGGAGUUGCUCCAGUAUUUCAUUUGA